UUCAAGUAUCUUGGGGAAGAGAAAGGGCACCGGAUGGGACCAGGAAACACGCGAGAAGACGAUGGAGGAGUUCUUCAACGCCUUUGUCUCCCGAGUAAGUCAGGCUGGCCAAGAGAGUUUCGGGCUCAAAGAAACCGUGGAGCUGUAUAAAUCAAGAGGUAAUCGUCCAAGAUCUACCAAUAGGGUGGAAAGGUGCUCACACAGUUCAAUCUGCAGUGAACGAGCUCGAACAGUCGCGAAAAGAUCUCACCGAGGCAAACCUGGCCUUACGCGUCGAACUUGAAUCAAUGAAGGCUCGCAUAGGAACAGCGGAAGGCGCUUUACAGGAGGCCCAGAAGGAACAUGAACUCGCGAUGGAUGAGUUCAGUUCUCAGCAACGACUCGAAGUUGAGACUCUGAGAGCUGAUAGCAAGAAGAAAAUACAGACCAUAACUGCGCAGCAUGAAGACCAGCUCUCCGAGUUGAGACGGCGAUUCGAGCGUGAAAUGGACGACGAAAAGGCUUCGCGGCUCCGGGAAAUCAAUCAACUCACGUCUCAGACAGCCCUAGAUACACAACGCUCCCAGAUUGAGCUGGACAGGAAAGAUCGGGAAAUCGCCUCGCUCCAGAACGAUGUGCAAGCCCUGCGACAAGAGAUUGAGCAGGAGCGCAAGAGCACCCAGGGUCUCCGGCAGAACCUGGACACAGCCAGCAGCAACAGCGUGACUCUAGAGUCGUCGAUUCGCGCGCUCAAGGCUCGAAUUGAAUUCCUGGAGUCCGGUCGCGAGGAGCAAUCUCAAGCGUUUGAGCGGUUGAAUCAGCAAAUGAUGGAUGCCCUAGCCGAGACCAACGCCACUAAGGACAAGUUGCGGAAGGAGGAGACCCUCCGAAGGAAAUUACACAAUCAAGUUCAGGAGCUCAAGGGCAACAUCCGGGUCUUCUGCCGUGUCCGACCCUCGUUAGAGACGGAGCCGCAGACGGGCGUGGCUCAGAUUCAAUACCCUGAUGCAUCGGAGGAAUGCAAGGAGAUUAAUGUUGUGGGACUGGAAGAGAAGAGCAGCCUCGGUGCCAUUACCAAGAAAAACAACAACUUUGCCUUUGACCGGGUAUUCGGGCCAUCUACCCAGAAUGCGGAGGUAUUCGAUGAGAUCAGCCAGCUUGUCCAAAGUGCGCUUGAUGGGUACAACGUGUGCAUUUUCUGCUAUGGACAGACCGGGAGCGGUAAGACCCACACCAUGUCUUCUUUGGAUGGCAUGAUUCCACGGGCUGUACACCAAAUCUACGAGACUGCUACUAGUCUCAAAGAAAAGGGUUGGAGGUAUACUAUGGAAGGGAACUUCGUAGAGGUGUACAAUGAAAAUCUGAACGAUCUGUUGGGCAAGGCGGAGGAAUUGGACAAGAAGAAGCACGAAAUCCGGCACGACAUGCAACGAGGCAAGACAACCAUUACAGAUGUUACCACUGUGCGCCUGGAUUCGCCCGAGAUGGUCGAAAGUAUCCUCAAACGUGCUGCAGCCAAUCGUUCGGUCGCUGCUACCAAGGCCAACGAGAGAUCAUCGCGGUCUCACUCCGUCUUCAUCCUGAAGCUCAUCGGCGAGAAUGCCAUCACCGGUGAGCGCAGCGAGGGAACGCUCAACCUGGUGGACUUGGCCGGUAGUGAGCGACUGAGCCACAGCGGUGCAACCGGCGAGCGGCUGCGGGAGACGCAGAAUAUAAACCGCAGUCUGAGCUGUUUAGGAGAUGUGAUUGCCGCAUUAGGACAGGGCAAGGAUGGCGGACACAUCCCCUAUCGCAACAGCAAACUUACCUACCUCCUCCAGUUCUCCUUGGGAGGAAAUUCGAAGACGCUCAUGUUUGUCAUGGUCAGUCCGCUGCAGGCACACCUGGCCGAGACCUUGACCAGCCUCAAGUUCGCCACGAAGGUGCACAACACCCACAUUGGGACAGCCAAGCGACAGGCGCGCGUUCGUGAUUGUUAAUGAUACCUUGGAUGGUGAUUGGCGUUAGAUAUCCCUGCCUUUAAGCCGGUGUUUGGAGUUCAUCGUUGAAGAUACACCCCUUUUCUACUUCUUUUAGGAAUAAUGUUUUCAUGUACGGACUUGUUUAGCUCUCUUAAUCU